GGCGACUUCACCCCUUGUGGAGGUCGUUCGAGUCACUUGCUCGCCGCCAGCUCCUUUGCUCCCCGGCCGGUGCCCCUCCUGCCCAGCCAUGCUCUCCGUCCUCGCCCGGCCGGCGGCCGCUGCUCUCCGCCGCAGCUUCAGCACCUCGGCCCAGAACCACGCUAAAGUAGCCGUGCUGGGCGCUUCUGGAGGAAUCGGGCAGCCCCUCUCACUUCUCCUGAAGAACAGCCCCCUGGUGAGCCGCCUGACCCUCUAUGAUAUUGCUCAUACCCCUGGAGUAGCCGCCGACCUGAGCCACAUCGAGACCAGAGCCCAUGUGAAAGGGUACCUCGGACCCGAGCAGCUGCCCGACUGCUUGAAAGGCUGCGACGUGGUGGUCAUCCCAGCAGGAGUCCCAAGAAAACCAGGCAUGACGCGGGACGACCUGUUCAACACCAACGCCACGAUCGUGGCCACCCUGGCGGCCGCCUGUGCCCAACAUUGCCCCGAAGCCAUGAUCUGCAUCAUCGCCAAUCCGGUAAGGGCUGCCACCCUUGUCUCCUCCAGGCAGACGGCUGCCACUGGCUCCCGGGCGUGCGUCAGUGAGCCGACAUGUGAUCGACUCUCUUGGGACUGCUUAGACCAGGAGGCUGACCAGCCAGUGCCUGGUCCCGUCUCGUUCUCGUCUGACCCAGAGUCAGCCGUGCAAGACCACCAGCCGCUCCACAGCAGGAGAGUGGGACUUUCUGGUUUGGACCCGGCUCGAGUCAACGUCCCCGUCAUUGGCGGCCACGCCGGGAAGACCAUCAUCCCCCUGAUCUCCCAGACCAGCCUUUCCCGGGCCACCCGGGGCAGUGGAGCAAAGGAGAAUCACAGCCCGGGAGCCACUGCAUUUUCCCUGAUGGGGAGCGAUAUUGACGGCUCUGCCACCUUGUCCAUGGCUUACGCCGGGGCCCGCUUCGUCUUCUCCAUCGUGGACGCGUUGAACGGCAAGGAGGGCGUCAUCGAGUGCUCUUUUGUGAAGUCCCAGGAGACGGACUGCGCCUACUUCUCCACCCCGUUGCUGCUGGGGAGAAACGGGCUGGAGAAGAACCUGGGCAUCGGCAAGGUGUCCUCGUUCGAGGAGAGGAUGAUCGCCGAUGCCCUUCCCGAGCUGAAAGCCUCCAUCAAGAAGGGGGAGGAGUUUGUGAAGAACAUGAAGUGAGACGCCUGCCCGAGGCCGCCAGCCCCGUAACUUAUUCCGGCUCCUUGUCACGGAACGUCAUUUCAGAGAUCUUCGUUUUUUCUAACUUGCCCUGACGAUGU